AUGGGCGGCCCGCGGGCCUGGACGCUGCUCUGCCUCGGGCUCCUGUUCCCGGGAGGCGGCGCCGCGUGGAGCGUCCCGGGCGCCCGGUUCUCCGGUCGCAGGAACUGGUGCUCCUACGUGGUGACCCGGACUGUCUCCUGCCAUGUGCAGAAUGGUACCUACCUCCAGCGAGUGCUACAGAACUGCCCAUGGCCCAUGGGCUGCCCUGGGAACAGCUACAGAACUGUGGUGAGACCCUUGUACAAAGUGACGUACAAGACAGUGACGGCCCGAGAAUGGAGGUGCUGCCCUGGACAUUCAGGGGUGACCUGUGAGGAAGGCUCCCCUGGCCUCCUGGAGCCCACAUGGACGGACAGCGGCAUGCGGCGGAUGGCAGUGAGGCCCACAGCCCUCUCAGGUUGUCUCAACUGCAGCAAAGUGUCUGAGCUGACAGAGAGGCUGAAGGCGCUGGAGACCAAGGUGGCGGUGCUGAGUGUGACAGAGCAGACAGUGCCCUCAGUCCCAGCCACCCCUGAGGACUCUGCCUUGCUCUGGGGCUCGCCGGCUGCCCGGGGCAGCCCUGGAGAUGGAAGCCUACAGGAUAAACUUGAUCCUUGGGGGCUUCCUGGGCCCAUAGGCCCCAAGGGAGGCACUGGCAGCCAGAGCCCAGUGAGGAUUAGAGGCCCACCAGGCCCACAGGGACCCCCAGGACGCCCUGGCCAAACAGGAGCCGCAGGCACCCCUGGAAAGAUGGGACCUCCAGGGCCUCCAGGUCCACCUGGACCCCCAGGGCCUCCAGCCCCUGUAGGGCCACCCUAUGGCCAGGUCUCCCUGCAUGGGGAUCCACUGCUGUCUAAUACCUUCACUGAGACGGGCAGCCACUGGCCCCAAGGACCCACUGGGCCCCCAGGUCCUCCAGGCCCCCCAGGGCCCAUGGGUCCUCCUGGACUUCCUGGCCCCACGGGUGCCCCUGGGAGUCCUGGACACAUGGGAACCCCAGGCCCUUCUGGACCCAAAGGAACCUCUGGCCACCCAGGAGAGAAGGGAGAGAGAGGACUGCCUGGGGAACCUGGCCCCCAGGGUUUGAUGGGGGUUCCGGGAGAACCUGGCCCCAAAGGAGACCCUGGUGAGAAGAGCCACUGGGGGGAGGGGUUGCACCAACUACGCGAGGCUUUGAAGAUUUUAGCUGAGAGGGUUUUAAUCUUGGAAACAAUGAUUGGGCUCUAUGAACCAGACUUGGGAUCCGGGGCAGGCCCUGAUGGCACAGGUACCCCCAGCCUCCUUCGAGGCAAGAGGGGAGGACACCCAACCAACUACCCGAUCAUCACCCCCAGGAGACGCAGCGAGAGGAGCUGAGAGGCUGCAGGCUUCCUCCCCUAGCCUGGACCUGACCCGCUGCCUCCGGGACUGCCAGUUCCUAUUUAUUAAUAUCCUCAGGGACCCCUUGGUCUUAGGGGUAGGCAGAGCUCAGUGAUGGCAGCCUAUACAUGAUAGACUAAACAGGGACUGGGCCUCAAAAAGUCAGGCCUCAUUUGCACCUGGCCUUGUUGGUUCCCUCUGUGAAAUGGGGUGAAAAGGCUUUGAAGGAGGGGUAGACGGAGGUACAAGUCAUCCCCGCUGCCUAAAGUUAGGACCUGGGACCACCUGGCCCUGCAGAUAUGCAAGGAUUGGGGCAGAAGUCUCAGCUCCCCUCCUGUAAAACCUUGGGGAGUCCUGUGUGCCCCUCGUUUUCUGGUGCUGAGUUUCCACCUGAGUCCAGGCUGCUUAAUCUAACUGAACGGUCGGUGCUUCUUACAUCAGUUCUACCCCAGGCCCCCUGCUCCCAUGUCCUAUGUGGGAAUGGGAUGUGUACAAGGGACUCCUACUCCAAGUGUCUGCUGCAGAUGCUACGAGUUAAUAUGUACAGGACAAUAAACAUCCCUGCUUGACCCU